GAACGCACGGUUUUACUCCGAUUCGACGGUACUCCUCUCAGUGCAAGCAAAACGACGACGGGGUGGUGGGUGGUCGCGAGGUAGAUCCUUCCGCCCAGAGGAAAAGAGAUCGCAGUGUAACGUGCGCGAUGCCGUCGACGGUGCGAUGCUUCGAGACCCGAGCGAGUCUCCGAUCGAGGCAAUACUCGAAAUCCUGAUCCUGAUCCUGACCCUAAUGAGGCCUUAUCAGCACUAUCUCAAUAAUUCUCAAUAAUUCUCAAUAUCUCGAAAACUCCUUCCGAAAUCCAAAUCUUCCGUCCUAAAGUGUCAAGUUCAGUGGGUUCUGUCGCCCCUCUCACGGUAAGAGAGAGACGAAAGCUAGGGAGAAGGAUCUUCUACUUGGAACUGAAACUGAAUCAAGCAGCCACCCUCAUGCACCAUGCAAAUGAUCUUGGUGGCUGGCGGAUCGCUGCCAAAGCUCAGCAGCCAGGACGAAGAUGGGCCAAACCCUCACACACAAUACACAGGCGUCACACACUUCGAGCCCAUACCACACGAUCAUGACUUUUGCGAGAGGGUCGUCAUCAACGUGAGCGGACUAAGGUUUGAGACGCAACUGCGUACGUUGAACCAAUUUCCGGAUACACUGCUUGGCGACCCCGCAAGGCGGAUCCGUUAUUUCGACCCGCUUCGCAAUGAAUAUUUCUUCGAUCGAAAUCGACCCUCGUUCGAUGCAAUUCUCUAUUACUACCAGAGUGGUGGAAGACUUCGCCGUCCAGUUAACGUACCCCUCGAUGUCUUCUCGGAGGAAAUUAAGUUUUAUGAAUUGGGAGAGAUGGCGACAAAUAAAUUUAGGGAGGACGAAGGUUUCAUCAAGGAGGAAGAAAAGCCGCUACCGUCGCACGAGUUCCAGAGGAAGAUUUGGUUACUGUUCGAGUAUCCUGAGAGCUCGCAAGGGGCGAGAGUUGUUGCCAUCAUUUCCGUGUUCGUGAUUCUUCUCUCGAUUGUAAUUUUUUGUCUGGAAACACUUCCUGAAUUUAAGCAUUAUAAAGUGUUCAACACCACGACGAACGGUACGAAAAUCGAGGAGGACGAAGUGCCGGACAUUACGGACCCGUUCUUCCUAAUAGAAACUAUUUGUAUAAUCUGGUUCACAUUCGAGUUAUCGGUGCGCUUCCUCGCCUGUCCAAAUAAGCUAAACUUCUUCCGUGACGUUAUGAACAUCAUCGAUAUCAUCGCCAUCAUUCCGUACUUCAUCACAUUAGCCACUGUUGUGGCCGAGGAGGAGGACACGCUGCAUCUCCCGAAGGCUCCGGUUAGCCCGCAAGACAAAAGCACCAAUCAAGCGAUGUCCCUCGCGAUUCUCAGGGUGAUCAGGCUGGUCAGAGUAUUCCGAAUAUUUAAACUCUCCAGGCAUAGUAAAGGUCUUCAAAUUCUCGGCCGAACUCUAAAGGCAUCCAUGCGAGAGCUCGGUCUGCUCAUUUUUUUCCUUUUCAUUGGAGUGAUCCUGUUCAGCUCGGUCGUCUACUUCGCGGAGGCUGGAUCUCAGGACAGCUUCUUCAAAUCGAUACCAAACGCGUUUUGGUGGGCGGUGGUCACAAUGACGACCGUGGGCUACGGGGACAUGAGGCCCGUGGGAGUGUGGGGAAAAAUCGUUGGUUCGCUCUGCGCGAUCGCUGGUGUCCUGACGAUUGCCUUGCCAGUUCCUGUCAUCGUUUCCAACUUCAACUACUUUUAUCAUCGAGAGACUGAUCAGGAAGAAAUGCAGUCACAAAAUUUCAAUCAUGUGACUAGCUGUCCAUAUCUUCCUGGCACAUUAGGUCAGCACAUGAAGAAGAGCUCGAUGUCGGAGUCGUCGUCGGACAUAAUGGAGCUUGAGGAGGGUCUUAUAAUAACCCCCCAUCCGGAGGUUACUAAAAAGUCCAUCUGCAAUCCCCACCAUAAUAACAACAUCAACAUAGCCUGUAUGAUCGUUGAGACUGACGUCUGACUACUAGAUUUAUCUGAUGAAGACUGCAACGUGGAUCUUCGGUAAAUGGGACGCGUGCCUUCCGGCUAAAGUUCAACUAAAACUUGACACGGUUAA